AUGAGUAAGACUAGGAAUCAUAUAGAAUUUACUAGAAAGAAAGGGGAAACUGGAGAAACCCUGACACUCGCACAAUCUCAAACAAUCUCCGAGGCAAUGUGUCUCAGAAUUGAGCAGGCACUGCAAGAUUUCCAUGCCAAUAAACAAGCCAUCCUUGACGCGGGAGCACGUCGAGGUAAAAAAAACAACCCAAUCGAUAAUUUCUAUAUUCCAAAACUCGAGUUUUUGCAAAGUGUAGUACACGCAAUUAGACUAAAUGGAUGUGCAAUCCAAUGGUCUGCAGACACGACAGAGCAUGCACAUAUCGAGGUGGUCAAAGCCCCUUCCAGUUCCAGCAAUAAUCAAAGAUACGAGCCUCAAGUUUGUCGAUACCUUGAUCGUCGUGACAAAUUGCGCAAUUUCGAUUUGUUUACAGCUAUACGAGAAAUGAGGAUUGAUUUUCGGGCUAUACACUCUGCAACAAUUACGGAUGAGGAGGAGCAGGAGGAGGGGGAUGAGGGGGAGGAAAACGGCGAGGUUGUGAUGGACACAACGUCAGAACUUCUUUCAACAAUCAUGCCGAUGACAACCUUUCAAUCAGCAAAGUCCAAUCGCAUUGUGGAUUACUUCUACAAAGCUAGUCUCUAUGAGCGUGGCGUAUUGGAAGGCCCAGUCCCCUACAGAACAUUUUCUUGCAGCAAAAACGUUGUUGCCCAUUUAUCUAGGGAUGCUAGUUCCAAAAGAUUGCAUAUCGACGAGGUUGCGAGCAUUUUUAAAAUUCCCGACCUACGACCAGCAAUUGCCGAUUAUGUGUCACUCAUCAAUAAGGAAUCAAAUCCGAGACAGACCAAUUCUCGAGGUUAUCACAUCAAGGGGAUAACUGGCAGGCGUGUUUCUCCUCCCGGUUGUCCGUUGCCGUAUUCAAAACUUGAGGUAUGGCAUAAGGUCCGUAUACAGUCGACUGCGUACCAAUACCCUCAUGAGAUCCUGGAGGCAGUCACACUUAAUGCAUAUCCGCCAUCUAACAAACAUCCUUUUGGAUACUUCGAUUCAGCAAUCAUAAACGUGGAUGAAUCUGAGGAGUGGCCUCGCAGCGGGCUUCAAGGCCAUUCUGUCGUCGACAUUCGUAUUAUUUUUCGCAUUGUCGGAGAGACACCCAGUACUGUGUCUCCCGAUAUUACUGGAAGAUUUCUCGCAUACGUCCAACGUUUUGAGGUUUUAAAUCAGCCACAGUCUCUAGGUUCUGCGAUCCGUGGACCUUACCCAGAGCCAAUAACCGGCAUGUAUAAAUUAAAACAAAGUCAACGUACAGAUAACACCAUUAUGGGUGGAAUUUUACCAUUGAAUCAAAUACGCUCCCUGGUUGAUCUGGUCCCUCAGAUGGGCGAGAAGGCAAGGCGAAGCCUUACUACACAUAACAAUCAAGCUGUCAGCACCUUGUCCGAGAUCUGGCACCCUCAGGAUAUUCCUUCCGUGUUCCUACCCCCCGCCAAAGUAGGGGGUAGCUCUUUUCCUCCUACUCAUUCCCGUCCAACUUCCAAGCAGAUCUCUUCCGAUUUGCAAUCCAUAGCGUCUCAUACACAUCCAAUACAUCCACACAACAGUCAUCCCUCCGUAUCCGGCCAUAACCCUUCCCCGACCCUCUUGCUUGCCUCGGGCACCAAAUCCGAUCAGAUAUUACCCCUCAAGUCUUUUGUUUAUAAAGUCCUUCGCCACUCAAGGACAUCUAAAAACGUACUGCAGAUAGCACUAUGUUAUCUAGAAUCCAUUCGUCCCAAGGUCCCACAGAUUUUGCAAGAGGAAAACAUCGGCAUUCGCUCUUAUGCUCAGCCCAAAAGCAGUAUUCAGAAAGCUACCCCAGAAGAGCUGGCGAUGGAUGCUGAGCUUACUGCUCUUGAGAACUCCGGCAAGAUCAACAUCAUCAAUAAUUUCAUUGACAAUUCUAUGCAAACAUUCCGUGUUGCCGAUUCUGGUUCACAAGAUCUGGCUGAAUCGUGCAUCUAUCCACAAGACUCUCUGUCCAGCGUAGAUGUGCAGGUCUCAACGGCUCCUCUUUCCACCACCCUUUCUUUGCCAUCUCCCCUCCUGUGUCCCCGUAGAGCCUUUCUGGCAUCCCUCAUCCUGGCCUCCAAAUUUUCACAAGAAAAGUGUUAUUCUAACCGUGCUUGGGCAAGGUUAUCUGGUCUCCCACCUCGUGAAAUUGGUCGCUGCGAACGUGCCCUCGCACAAGCCUUGCAAUGGCGACUCUGGGUCGGCAAAUGCGCCUUUGGUGAGAGUGCUGCAACUGCCACAUAG